CGAAAAGAAUGGAGUUCAGAUAUGCGCUGCCUACAUACAGGAAAGCCCUGAUGACGUCUUCUUGGACUACCUGGAACACAACAGAACUGUAUGGAAUGAGUCCCCCAUCUGCAAUCAGUGCUGUGAGAAUUCAAUCAGCAGAGAGCAUUGUGUUUUUUUUUAAAAAAGCACUGCCGGCUGAAAUAAUGGUGCCUGGAGCAUCCCAGCUCUCCAUGAAAAGUGCUAUAGAAAGCUUACUAACUUGGACAAGUUUCAAAAUCAGCAAGCCACCUCCUGAAGAUAAAGUAGCUCAGAAAAACAAGGACAUUUUCAACAUUGUCAUGACUCCUGAUCGCAUCCCUAAGUUUUUCAUCCCUUCUCUGGACAUAGAGCAUAUUUCCUUUCAACCAGAGCCAGAGGAAGAUGCUGUAGAGAAUUCUCCAGAGAGAAGAAACUCUAAUGAAGUCGUUCAAAAGCGCAGAACAACUAGAAGCAAGUCUGAAUCCUACAUCAGGAAAGACACAGUGUGCAAAGGAGAGAAGCUGUGCAGAAGAGAAACUCUGUGCUUUACAGACCAAACAAUUUUCUCUGGAGACCUGGAGAGAGCGGCACAUCACUCUGACCCAGCAACCAGAGCUGCCCUGUCUUUGCCCCACCUCUCCAAAAUCACCACCCCCUACGGGUUUCUCACAUUAGGCGAGAGUCCCAACACCAGGAGGAAAGAGUCUCUCUUUUUUCAGCAUGAUUCUGAAGAGCUUAAAAUCCUCUUGUCCCAAAAGAAGAAGACUGCGUCUCUUUCACGGAGCUCGUCCAGCCCUUUUAGUGAACUUCAGCAGUCCAUGGGGUAUAUAAAAUCUUCAGCCAUCCCUUUCAAGAACAGGCGGGCCAUCUCCUGGGAGGCAGUCUGCGACAGCCGACUUUCUUCUCUGCGUUGCAAAGCAGACUCUGAAACAUAUCCCGUGAAAUGUGAGAAGAAAAAGCUUCAGGUGACGAUGAAGAGGCAUCUGGCCAGCAUCAAGUGGAUGAGAUCUAGCAGUGGGAUGAACUGGCUAUGCUAAUAGCAUGCAAAGUGCUACCAGUCGUUAAGUGCUGUGAAAAAGUAAAAGAGACAGUCUUCCACAGUGGUGUGCAAACGUGAAUGUGUAAUACACGUUCAGCUUUGCGAGCUCUGGAUAAAGGCCAAGCAAACAACCAGAAAGAACUUGCUUAUACCCCAGCAGGUUGAAUUCCUCUCCUUUUUCUAAAGUCAGCAGCUCUGAAUCUUUUUAAAUGCAAGUAGUGACGAACUAAAAUAGGUCAUUUUCCAAAGUGAAUGCUGUCUUUUCUGCUCAUGUCUACGUAAUUUGUGAUUACUCCUGUGGGAAGGAAGUAACUACAUCAAAAGCAAACUGCAAAGACAGAAAAUAUGUGCCUUUAGAAUAGUAAUGUUUUCAGACUAAUAGCAAACUUGAAAAGAAGAAACAUUCUAGCUAGUCAGGUAAAAGUUUUCUUUUGUUUCUAAUAUUAGAGUGUAAGCAAAAACCAAUUAAGAGUUAAUUUAUCCCAGGCUGUUUACAGCAGGUAGUUGCAAACGCUCAUUCCUAGCUGCUAGCUAGAAUGUGCUUACCAAGGCAGGAGGAGCCAGGUGUCUUCCUCAUUGAAAACAGUGA